AUGAGCAGCAUCAAGACGCGUCUGCACAAUGCUCGCGAGAAGUUCCUCCGAAGAAGCAGCGCGACAUCCACAACAACGCGCUCUCUAGCAUCGUCUGGCCGGCAGCGAACGAGAGCGCCCGCCCAAGGCCCCCUCAACGCUGCGCAAGAGCAUCAGCCUCUCCAAGCUGCCCGAGGUGCGCAGCCAGGAGACGGACGACUACAGCGACAGGCUGGUCAGGUCGGAGAUCCUGGGCGCUUCGACCGAUCCGGCAGAUCAGCGCCGCCAGCAUUCGAGACAUUCGACAUCAACAACAGCCACACCCUCUGCAUCCGCAUCGAGCGCCCAGCCCAGCCCCUACACGCAGCAGCCACCCACUCCCUCGCCCUCGUCGCCCUCGGUCCCACGCGCCUGUCCAGCUGUCACGCUCGAGGAGCCCACGCCCAUCCACCCGCCCGUGGUGCAGGCCGCCCAAGACCUGAGCCGUCACCUGCCGACCCCGUCGCCAUCGUCUGCGGAGCUUCGUGCGCCGCCAGUCUGUCGUCGCCUAACGCCGAUGCAAAGAUAAUCAAAACCCUGCUGGUCCCCGACACAUCCACCGCACCACUCCAGACGGGCCCGCCAACAGCCACCGACUACUUUGGCGGAGCACCCGCCCACUUCAGCACCAGCAUGCUGCACCGCAAGAUCUGGGUCAAGCGGCCCAAUGCCUCGGCCACCCUCGUGCAGAUCCGGGAAGACGACCUGGUCGACGAUGUGCGGGACAUGAUCCUGAAGAAGUACUCCAACUCGCUGGGCAGGAGCUUCGACGCCCCAGACGUGACGCUGCGCAUCGUUCCGCGAGACACCACACGAGGAAACGAGAGGACUCUGGGGCCCGAGGAGGACAUGUGCAGGACGCUCGACGCCUACUUCCCCGGGGGACAGCUGGUGACCGACGCACUCGUCAUCGACGUGCCUCAACGACGGACCCCCAAGCCCUCGCCGCAGGUGCCCGUCUACUACAAGCACCACGACGACCACACCAACCACCAGACCGAGUACUUCCCGCCCAUGCCCGUCGUCAAUCCCUCGCCGGCUGCCCUGGGCGCAGAUGCUCGUCUGCCGCUGCCCCACGCACAUUCGAUAGCCGUCCUCAACACCGGCCAGCUGCCCCCACUGCCAUCACCAGGCGGCAGGACAGCGAGGGGUAUCCACCACAGCGCCCGCCCAAAGUACCCGCGACACAACACUGCCUCGCCGACUAUACUAGCCGGUGGCAUCCCGUCCUCUGCCACGAGCGUCCGCCCUCCAAACCGACCGCGCCAUGAUUCCUCCGCCUCCGAAACGAAGCACUCGACUACCUCGAACAACCCAAUACCCACACCCCCAGCACCCGUCGAUCCGAAUACCCGACAGCCAUCGAACCCUCCGACUCCCCGCGUCGCCUCCCCACGACCGAGAAAGAAGGGCAAGAACAAGCAAAUCAUGGAGCCACCAAGCUUACCAGCCGGUCUGCUCGAUGGCUCAGUGCCUCCCAUCAACGUGUUGAUUGUGGAAGACAACAUCAUCAACUUGCGUGUCUUGGGAGCAUUCAUGCAGCGCCUCAAGGUGCGGUGGCAGAGGGCAAUGAACGGAAAGGAGGCGGUGACAAAGUGGAAGGCCGGUGGUUUCCAUUUGGUACUCAUGGACAUUCAGCUGCCCGUGAUGAAUGGACUUGAGGCCACAAAGGAGAUCCGCAGAUUGGAGCGGGUCAACAGCAUUGGCGUCUUCAGCAGCGGAAGCAACGAGGCGCCCAACAACAGAUUAGGGGAGGACGGGAAUGGUCCAGAAGAGCCGCAAAAGGAUGACAAGCUGGGCGACAAGGGGCUCUUCAAGAGCCCUGUCAUCAUUGUCGCCCUCACAGCCAGCUCGCUGCAGAGUGACAGACACGAGGCUCUGGCGGCUGGCUGCAACGACUUCUUGACAAAGCCCGUCAACUUUGUCUGGCUCGAGCGCAAGGUCAAAGAAUGGGGCUGCAUGCAGGCCCUGAUCGACUUCGACGGAUGGCGAAGGUGGAAAGACUUCGCCGACAAGUCCGAAACCAUGGACUCCAAGUCCAAGAUGUCUGCCUCCUUCUCCAGCAUCGCCCCUCAGAAGAAGAAGGAAACCACCCUUAGUCCUACGAUGGCAGCAAAUCCACCGGAUGGCAGCGGCAUGAGCCUCAAUGGUGUCAAGAAAGAAGAGGAGAAGGAGAAGAAGAGCAAGAGAAGAAGCACAGGCAUCAUCCCGCCGCCAACCCUAAUGGAGGACAAUGAGGCGGGCACGCCAGACGCCGCAGAAGGUUCGGGUUCAUGA